AUGGAAAACUACACCAUGUGGAGUAAUUUCACCCAGGUUCUGUCGGAGCUGGACGGGAUGAGUGAAGAGGAAGAGGAGGGGGAUGGAAGCAGCGGACUGCGUGUCCUCAUUGGCUGUGUCCUCUUCCUGCUCAUCGUGUCCACGCUGCUUGGGAACAUGCUGGUGUGCGCGGCUGUCAUCAAGUUCCGCCACCUCCGCUCCAAAGUCACCAACUUCUUUGUGAUCUCGCUGGCCGUGUCCGACUUGUUUGUGGCCGUGCUGGUGAUGCCCUGGGAGGCCAUCACGGAGGUCACCGACACCUGGCUGUUUGGAGGCUUUUGCGAUGUUUGGAUCACCUUUGACAUCAUGUGCUCCACGGCUUCCAUCCUCAACCUGUGCAUCAUCAGUGUGGACCGAUACUGGGCCAUCGCCAGCCCCUUCAAAUAUGAGCGGAAAAUGACCCACCGGGUGGCGUUUGUGAUGAUCGGAGUGGCGUGGACGCUUUCGAUUCUCAUCUCCUUUAUCCCGGUGCAGAUGAACUGGCAUAGGGCUCAGGAUGAGGUGACAAUGCAGCAUUUGGAGCCACUAUUGGACAGGAACUUCACAAACACCAGCACCGUUGUAGCCAUGAGCUGUGUUGCGAAUCUGAACAAAACCUACGCCAUCUCUUCUUCCCUCAUCAGCUUCUAUAUCCCUGUGGUGAUCAUGAUUGCCACAUAUACUCGCAUCUACCGCAUCGCUCAGACCCAAAUUCGCCGAAUCGCAUCUUUAGAACGGGCAGCGGAGCAGGCACAGAUCCAAGGUCAUGGUGCGAACAGGAACCAGCCUCAGCACCGGGCCAACGAUGAGGCCUGCUUAAAGUCAUCGUUCAAAAAGGAAACCAAAGUCCUGAAGACCCUUUCAAUCAUAAUGGGGGUUUUUGUGUUUUGUUGGUUGCCAUUUUUUGUCCUGAACUGCACUGUCCCCUUCUGUGACCCGCCGUGUGUCAGCGACACCACUUUCACUGUUUUUGUCUGGUUUGGCUGGGCCAACUCUUCUCUCAACCCGGUCAUUUAUGCCUUUAACGCAGACUUCCGUCGAGCUUUCACCACCAUUCUGGGCUGCAACCGAAUCUGCUCAAACAACGCGGUGGAAGCUGUGAACUUCAGCAACGAGCUUGUCUCUUACCACCACGACACAACGCUGCACAAGGAGCCACUGGUACCGACUCAGCUGCAGCAACGUCCCCAUAACCUGAGCAUUGGGUCGGAUUGUCUGGAGGACAUGAGCGCGCAGUUUGAGGAGGAGUCCAACAUUUCGAAUGGUUCUCCAAGCUGCGACAGGCUGCUGCUGCUUUCCACUACAGUCCAACUGGAGGACAACACAGAGAUUUCUCUGGAGACCAUCACACCUAUCACCUCAGCUGCAGGAUUGGAAAGGGAUAUUUUAAUGCCAGGACAGGUUCUAGAGGAUGAGUAG